AUGCUGCAGUCUUGAGCCGGUCCGGUCCUCCUCCUCUCCUCGCCGCCUCCCUCUUGUUGACCCGGCAGCCGCGUGGAGCUGCUGGCCAUGCCGCUGAAACAUUAUCUGCUUUUGCUGGUGGGCUGCCAGGCCUGGGCUGCAGGUUUGGCCUACUAUGGCUGCCCCAGCGAAUGCACCUGUUCCCGAGCCUCCCAGGUAGAGUGCACAGGGGCGCGAAUUGUGGCGAUGCCUACCCCUCUGCCCUGGAACGCCAUGAGCCUGCAGAUCCUUAACACCCACAUUACGGAACUCCCUGAGGACCUGUUCCUCAACAUUUCAGCCCUCAUUGCCCUGAGGAUGGAGAAGAACGAACUGACAAACAUCAUGCCGGGUGCCUUCCGCAAUCUGGGCUCGCUGCGUUACCUCAGCCUUGCCAACAACAAACUAAAGAUGUUGCCUGUUAGGCUCUUCCAGGAUGUAAACAAUCUGGAGUCCCUCCUGCUGUCCAACAACCAGCUGGUGCAGAUCCAACCAGCCCAGUUCUCCCAGUUUAGUAAUCUCAAGGAACUCCAGUUGCACGGCAACAAUCUGGAAUACAUCCCUGACGGAGCCUUUGACCACCUGGUGGGGCUCACCAAACUCAACCUGGGCAAGAACAGCUUCACCCACCUGCCACCUGGGAUCUUUCGGCAUCUGGCCAACCUCCAGAUACUCCGGUUGUAUGAGAACAGGCUUUCAGACAUCCCCAUGGGUACUUUUGAUGCUCUUGGCAACCUCCAGGAGCUGGCCCUCCAAGAGAACCAGAUUGGCACGCUCUCCCCUGGCUUGUUCCACAAUAACCGGAACCUCCAGAGACUGUACCUGUCCAACAACCACAUCUCGCAGUUGCCCCCUGGAAUCUUCAUGCAGCUGCCCCAGCUCACCAAGCUCACACUCUUUGGGAACUCCCUGAAGGAGCUCUCCCCGGGGGUCUUCGGGCCCAUGCCCAACCUGAGGGAACUUUGGCUCUAUAACAACCAUAUCACCUCCCUCCCCGACAACACCUUCAGUCACCUGAACCAGUUGCAGGUUCUGAUUCUUAGCCACAACGAUCUCACUCACAUCUCCCCAGGAGCCUUCAAUGGACUGACGAAUCUCCGAGAGCUGUCCCUCCACACCAAUGCUCUACAGGACCUGGAUGGGAAUGUCUUCCGAUCAUUGGCCAACCUGAAGAACAUCUCACUCCAGAAUAACCGCCUCCGACAGCUCCCUGGCAGCAUCUUUGCCAAUGUCAACGGUCUCAUGACCAUCCAGCUGCAGAACAACAAUCUAGAGAACUUGCCUUUGGGCAUCUUUGAUCACUUGGUGAACCUGUGUGAGCUUCGUCUCUAUGACAACCCCUGGAGAUGUGACUCAGAUAUCCUCCCACUUCAUAACUGGCUCCUUCUCAACAGAGCCAGGUUGGGGACAGACACUCUUCCAGUGUGCUCCAGUCCUGCCAAUGUCCGAGGCCAGUCCCUUGUCAUCAUCAAUAUCAAUGUCCCUGGACCCAGUGCCCAGGGCCCAGAAAUCCCUGAAGUAUCUAGCUACCCGGAUACACCCAGCUAUCCUGAUACCACAUCCAUUUCUUCUACCACAGAGAUCACUAGCGCCUUCGACGACUACACAGAUCUAACCACCAUUGAAGCUACUGAUGACCGCAAUACAUGGGGCAUGACUGAUGCCCAGAGCGGACUGGCCAUUGCUGCCAUUGUGAUCGGCAUCAUAGCUUUGGCCUGUUCCCUAGCUGCCUGCAUCUGCUGCUGCUGUUGCAAGAAGAGGAGCCAGGCAGUCCUGAUGCAGAUGAAGGCUCCCAAUGAGUGCUAGGGAGGCAGGCUCACGCAGGGCUGGGGAAGGAUGAAACUAGAGGAUCUGAGAAGGUGACCAUUCAGCUUCCAAACCUGGGUUCAUACAGCCAGGCUCUGGUGGCCCCAGGGAAAAUGUGCCCCAUCUUGUCCUGUGCCCCUGAGUCUUCUAUAGAGAAGCAGGCGUUUCAGGACCAUCUACUCCCAGAGGAAUCUGAUUGGUCAUUUAAAAAAGAAAAGAAGAGAGAAAGAGAGAGAGAGAGAGAGAGAGAGAGAGAGAGAGAGACCCAUGGGUCUCUAGGUCAGUGUCUAGGCAACUUUCAGAGGGACCCUCUGCCACAUCCUCACUACUUCUAAGAACAAGCUUCCCUGUGCCCAGCUCCGUCCAGCCUCUGUAGACUUAAUGAUGACAAGGCCUGCUCACACAGUGAGAUAGUUCUCUGCCGGCACAGCCGUGCCUCAAAGUAUUAUAUAUGCUGCUUUCUUUUUUCACCUUGCUUCUCUUUUUUUGUGUCGUGGCUUGACUCUGUCUCUUCAAGUGAGAGGUCUCCUUUUGUUUAUCUGCUGCUGAAGGUUUGAAUCUCUUAGCUCACUGCACUGGCUUGUUCUGCAAGACAGAAAGACACCUGUGCUGUCUGAUCCUAGGCAGAGUUGUCGUCAGCAUCUUUUGCAACCAGGUUCAGCCUUUUAGAGAAGAAUCUUUAAAGCCUCAAGCUUUCCUUCAAAGAGCUUAGCCCUUUAUGGUAUAAAAUCAUGCCGAAUGGCUAAGAUCUUAAAACACGAAAAUCAACUCAUUGAAACUGGCUGAAGAAUGCAACCUGCUGCCCGGGGUCCUUUCACGCCCCGCUGCCCUUGCCCGUUCUGAUUUCAUAUUGAAGCAUCACAUACGUACAGAAAGUGGAGGUGUGACAGUGGACAGCCCUGCAAAUUCUCAUGAUCUGAAUAGAUACCCGUGUAGUUGGCAUGAUACCAAGAAAUGAUAUCACAGUGACCUCCCACUCCAAGCUUGUUCUGGGGGGACUUCUGAGGAUUCUGGAGACUUUCUAGCUUCCCAUGAUCUAGGGAGGGAUUCUUACACCCUCCCCUACCUCUCCAUGGGAAGGAAGCCUUUGCAUAGGCCCAGCAGUUAGGAGUAAAAGAGAUGUAGAUUCAAUCAGGAUAGGAGGCAGCCAUGCUGGCCAGACCAGAAACGUAUGAACUACCAUGGUCUGUGCAAGCACACUUCUUCCCUGCCAGCAAGCCCUGUGCUGCUCAUUGGUAGCCCCGCUACAGAUCCUUUUAUGGGCAUUAUAUGCCAGUAUCUGUUUCUAAUUUUUGUUCUCCACUUGGGGGAAGCGAAAUAGCUCAGAGAUGAGAUCUUCCAGCUGAACGACCAAGGGUAAUGGAAACCAGGAAUCUGUCUAUACUGUGGUCAAAGUCUCCGUCAGCAUCAGUCAGCUGUAGCUAGUCUACAGCGUGUUUACAGACAGCAGAUAUCAGGGCACGCUGGAAGGUCACACGAGGGCGUGGGGUGCCCUGCAGAACCUUCUGCCUGGGGUCUGGUUGUGAACUGAAUGGUUUAGAGUUUUCUCUUUGGGUGAAAGUUACAAUACAUCUGCCUUGGCUCUGUAUCCUGCCCCAAAUGUGUCUAUUUCUGCACAUUGGACAGUUGUGAUAAGACAACAAACACAGCUUUCUCAGGACGACUAAUACACCUGUGCAGAAGCAAAAGCUGGGAAAUAAGCAGACACGGUGGCUCAUGCCUUUAGUGAGUUCAAGAGUAGCCUGGUCUACAGAACAAAUUCCAGGAUGGCCAGACCUAUGUAGAAAGCCCCUCCCUCAAAAACAACACAGGGAAACAGAGAAUUUCAGGUUUCCCUAUCAAUGAGGAAAGGACCCCGAGUGAGCACAGGGAUUUGGAAAUCUAUCUCCAGUCUGAGGUGAUGCUCGUAAGGAAAUCAGAAAUCCCUCUGAGUCUUGGCAAUGGGGAGCUUACACAAUGUUCAGACUUCUUCUCCAGAUCCCUGACAGAAUACUUCACAAGGAAUGCUUGUGAGAACCAGCGCACUUGAAGGUCCAGGGAAGCUGAUGUCAGUCAAAAGACAUCAUUUUUCCAAGGCCAAUCUGGGUCUCCAAAGUGUUUCCAAAGUAUCUAUAGCAACUGGUACACACCAACCAAGGCUGUCUCCAGCCCCAGAGUGAGUGUGAGCUUGGUUCUGCUGACUGUGGCUUGCUGGUAGGACCUGGGGUGAAGAGAAGGAGCUGGGCCUGCUUUACUGCAGAUGGAAGCUUGACAGGUACCAUGCUCCCAGAACUAUCAGGUCCUCCUUGUGAGCUACAUCCAGCCUCAGUAGGCUAGGGAUAAACGAGAAGUAACAUCCAUAGUAUCCACUGUCCCCUGCCAACCAUAACCUGGAAACACUGGCCACUUCUGACAUUGGCCAUGACAGUGGUGUACCUUGCUGGCUCAAAGGAUGGCCUGAGGACAGCUGUCUUCUAAUGAACUGCCUACGAGCUCACAAGCAGUGAGCAAAAUGCACAGUUCCUCCAAAUCACAUCUUCUAGUCAGGGAAGAAGUUGCCAGAAACGCUGGAAGGAGGGCCCUUUCCAAUAGGGGUAACCCAUUUUGUUCAGUUCUUGGGCUGGAAUGAGCCCCGUGGUCCCUAGAAGUCUGUGAUAGGGUGCAGAGUUCAAUCCACUUGGCCAAUCUGUUCACUGCUUUCUGGACUACCAUCCCAGCCUGUGUGCACAGUGGGGAGAGCAGUUAAUUCUGGAAGGCUAACAAAGGCCAACUAGAACCAGCAUGUGAACAGAUGUUCGGGGCCUGGGUUUCCUUCAAAGCUCUUGAUGUGCACUCUCCUGGCCCUCUUGCCACAUUGCAAAAUUAGUUCGACCAUUAUCUUUUGUGUGGGGGUCUUUUCUGCACAGUGCCCAACAGACAGUCCCUGUAGAAGCCUCAUGGGCUGUCCAGGGCUUUCAUCAGGAGACUUUAGGAAACAGGUUAUUAGUAAAGUUACAGCUGGGCUCUUGGAGCUUCUCACCCACAGCCGCAGAGUUCCCACAGGCAUCCAGAUGGUGGAAUGGAACUGUGGAAGCCAGUUCCAGCUUUGGGAGAGCAUGAAGAGCAGGCUGAUGACCCGAGUCGGGAAGUAGGCCUUGCAUUCGUCCUAGACUUAGCUAUAAGCUACUCAAAGAUUCAGCCCCAGACUCCGCAGUCAGAACCAGAUCAGGUUGUGGGAGAGAAUCUGGGUGUUGAUCUCAGAAGGGAAGCCAUUAGUAUUGUUUGAUAGAGUGUGUAGCAGGUAGCUUCCAGAUGGAGCCCCACACAGUCAGGCCCCUUCUCCUAAGGAAAGAGUGUUUUUGCCUUCUAUUGUCUUCACUCUGCCUUCUAGAACAAUCAUGCUUGCCUUACUAGAUAGUCUCUGCAAACAGUCCCAGUUGCUUGGCAGUGCAUUUAAAGAUUUCUAGGCUCCUGGGGUUCUAUAGAAUGUGAGCCCUGGUGGGCAGGUUUGGGGGAUCUGUCUUUUACUAGAUGCUGCUUAUAACAGAUUUGGUAUACAGGAUCAACAAUAAAUGGUAUACAAAG